AUGCUUCUGGCGCGGAUGAAGCCGCAGGUGCAGCCGGAGAACAGCGGGGUGGACCCGGGGCCGGAGCAGCCCGUACAAGGGCGCAAAGCCGCGGAGCUGUUGGUGGUGAAGGAGCGGAACGGCGUCCAGUGUCUCCUGGCGUCCCGCGAUGGCGAUGAGCAGACACGCGAGACCUGGGGCAAAAAGAUCGACUUCCUGCUGUCCGUGAUCGGCUUCGCGGUGGACCUGGCCAACGUGUGGCGCUUCCCGUACCUCUGCUACAAGAAUGGUGGCGGUGCCUUUCUGAUCCCGUACACCCUGUUCCUUAUCAUUGCUGGGAUGCCCCUCUUCUACAUGGAGUUGGCUCUGGGCCAGUACAACCGAGAAGGGGCAGCCACAGUGUGGAAGAUCUGCCCAUUCUUCAAAGGUGUCGGCUAUGCUGUGAUCCUCAUUGCCAUCUACGUCGGCUUCUACUACAAUGUCAUCAUCGCCUGGUCGCUCUACUACCUCUUCUCCUCCUUCACCCUCAAGCUGCCCUGGACCGACUGCGGCCACGCAUGGAACAGCCCCAACUGCACCGACCCCAAGCUCCUCAACAGCUCCGUGCUGGGCAACCACACCAAGUACUCCAAGUACAAGUUCACGCCCGCGGCAGAGUUUUAUGAGCGUGGCGUCCUGCACCUUCAUGAGAGCGGCGGGAUCCACGACCUUGGCCUGCCCCAGUGGCAGCUCUUGCUCUGUCUGAUGCUUGUCGUUGUCAUCCUGUUUUUUAGCCUCUGGAAAGGAGUGAAGACAUCAGGAAAGGUGGUGUGGAUCACGGCCACGCUGCCCUACCUCGUGCUGUUUGUGCUCCUGGUCCAUGGCAUCACGCUGCCGGGCGCCUCCGACGGCAUCAACGCCUACCUGCACAUCGACUUCUACCGCCUAAAGGAGGCCACGGUAUGGAUCGAUGCAGCAACGCAGAUAUUUUUUUCCUUGGGGGCUGGAUUUGGAGUCCUGAUUGCAUUUGCCAGUUACAACAAAUUUGACAACAACUGCUACAGAGAUGCCCUGCUCACCAGCACCAUCAACUGUGUCACUAGCUUCAUCUCCGGCUUCGCCAUCUUCUCCAUCCUUGGUUACAUGGCGCACGAACACAAGGUCAACAUUGAGGACGUUGCCACUGAAGGAGCUGGCCUGGUGUUCAUCCUAUACCCGGAGGCCAUCUCCACCCUGUCGGGUUCCACGUUCUGGGCUGUCGUGUUCUUCAUCAUGCUUCUGGCUCUGGGGAUUGACAGCUCGAUGGGAGGCAUGGAAGCUGUCAUCACAGGCUUGGCAGACGACUUCCAGGUCCUGAAGAGACACCGGAAACUCUUCACGUUUGGUGUCACCUUUGGAACCUUCCUUCUGGCCCUGUUCUGCAUAACCAAGGGCGGAAUAUAUGUGCUCACCUUGCUGGACACCUUCGCGGCCGGGACCUCCAUUCUGUUUGCCGUGCUCAUGGAGGCCAUCGGAGUCUCCUGGUUUUAUGGUGUGGACAGGUUCAGCAACGACAUCCAGCAGAUGAUGGGGUUCAAGCCAGGCCUGUACUGGAGACUGUGCUGGAAGUUUGUCAGCCCCGCCUUCCUCCUGUUUGUGGUGGUGAUGAGUGUCGUCAACUUCAAGCCACUCACCUACGAUGACUACAUCUACCCGCUCUGGGCCAACUGGGUCGGAUGGGGCAUCGCGCUGUCCUCCAUGGUCCUGGUGCCCGCCUACAGCAUCUACAAGUUCCUCAGCACGCGGGGCUCCCUUCGGGAGAGACUGGCCUAUGGCAUCACGCCGGAGAACGAGCAUCACCUGGUGGCCCAGAGGGACGUCAGGCAAUUCCAAAUGCAGAUGAGACAAAUGAGAAGGAGAGCUCCCAACUCUUGCCAAAUAUCCUGCCGGUAAAGGUCCCCAAAGCUGCCUUAAUUCUCAGAGGGCGCCCCUGUCCCGGGGAGGGAAGGCUGUCUCUGGCCAUAUGACCUGUUUUGCGUCCCCGGUGAUGUGGGACCGAAGCACUCUUACCAAAGAUGUCGUUUCCUAGCAAAGAAGCCCACGGAGCUCAUUUUGGUUGUUUGCUUCCUUUGGAAGCCAUGGGACGGAGAAGAACAGAGAGGAUGCGCAGUAGAAACAGCGCAGCCUUGAGGGUCCCCGGGGACCUGGGUCUGUGGCUGCCCAGCGGGGUUCCGAGGAGGGGUCUCCUCGUCUCUCUGUUCUUUGGCUGUAAAAGCGAGGGUUGGAUCAGAUCAUUAAAGGUCCCAUCCAGUUAAAAAACGCUCCUGUCUCCACGACAACGUACUUGUGCUGAAUUUACAAUGAGGGAAGGACCUCGUUGACUGUGGGACUUUCCAGAAUGAUCCAGUGGUCAAUAACCUGUUGAGUAGAGAAAUGUCAGAUUUCUGACCUCCAAAACUUUGAUUUUUCUGUACCUUCAGUAAUUCCUCCUUCUCCAGUAUUUCUUCCACUGAUGCCAGAAACACUUGGUAUUAAAAAAUAAUAAUAAUAAAAUCCAACCCAUCUGUGUUGAGGGUCUUGAGGGGAGCCCGCCACAGCCUGGUGAGGCCCAGGACCUGCAGCGGUGUGGGUAUCUGGCACCACGUCAGAAACUACCGGAACACUGGUGAACGUGAAGUUGUUUGGGGGGUCCCCACCCUCACCCCUUGUUUCUCCACUUCUGUGUAAGUAAAGACUGGCCCAGUGGCGCCCUCUCUGUCACGGACUGUUCCAGUGUCACGAGGUGUCUAUGUCUGGUGUGGAUUUAUUUUAAAAGCUGUUCUCUUCAUGGAAAAAUCCGUGUACAGAAUAAUAAAGGAGAUUUCCUGUGC